AUGUCGUUGACAAGCCGAAUCUUCUUCGAAGAAAGUGACACGCCCGAGCCCGAGGAUUUCUUGUCUGAUUCCCUGGGGACAGUUUUCCCAGAUGACGUGACCAACCAGCAUGGUGAUGCUGGAGAGAGUCUCAUCUAUGCGUCGCCGUACUUGGCCAAGCCGCUGCAUAUCGAACUCGCAGGUCCCGCUGGCGAGGCGGAUCGUAGGCUAUUCAGUCACCAUCUCUGGAACUCGAGUUUGCUGCUCGCUGAGCUGAUUGAAAAGGACAGCUUGGGCGUAUCAGGUCUCGACCAGGCUGACUCUGCCACCGCCAACAUGACGCUUGGCAGCGGUGUGAGUUUCGACAUUCGGGGCAAAUCCAUUCUAGAACUGGGAGCUGGUACCGCGUUGCCCAGCAUAAUGGCGGGAUUACUAGGCGCCAGUCGCGUUGUGGCGACCGACUAUCCAGCUGCUGCCUUCAUAAAGACAAUGCGGGAUAAUGUCGCGCGCAACAUCCGGCCCGAGUUCUCCCCGCCCGGAAGUCAGACGACGCCAAAAUCGUCCGUUACGGUGCAAGGGCAUGCUUGGGGAGACUUGCCCGCCUCUGAUCUCUUCUGCGAAUCAAACCGUCACUCAUUUGACCGCAUCUUUGCCGCCGACUGUCUCUGGAUGCCCUGGCAGCACAAUAACCUCCACAAAUCCAUUGAUCACUUCCUGAAGCGUGGUGCUGAUGCACGCUGCUGGGUUGUCGGCGGAUUCCACACGGGCCGCUCAAAGAUGAAGGGCUUUUUCACAAGCGAAGCCCUUGGACAAGUUGGCCUAAAGGUGGAGAGGAUCUGGGAGAGGGACUGUGAUGGACGGGAGAGGGAAUGGUCCUGGGAUAUGGAAGAAGAUAUUACAGUGCGGAAGCGAUGGCUUGUUAUAGCAGAGUUGAGGAGAAUAGAAGACCAUGUCGCGGUAGUUGGACAGCAAAUAUACUAG